AUGGUUGGAAAUUCAGCCGUUGUUGUUGGACUAUGGACGGCACAUUUCCUAUGGACUUACUAUUGUGUGGCUAAAACCAAAAGGCUCGGCUGGAUUUUGAAGAUCCUCGCAUUGUUUUUGUUGCCUGUGCCGUUAAUCCUGUGGCCUGUCAUUGCAAUCAUCGGAAGCAUUCUUGGAGGGAUAGGGUACGGCUUUUUUGCCCCGUUGAUUGCCACAUUUGAGGCUGUGGGAGAGAAUGUGACCGACAAAUGGUACCACUGUUUUGUGGAUGGUUGUUGGUCCACUAUCGAAGGCAGCUGCACGGUAGUUUGCGAUUUUACAGAUUUUUGCUUCCAUUCUUACUUCUCCUUCAUGGACGAACUGAGUGAGGAAGUGCAUGAAAAUGAGAUACCUCUUGACAUAAAGUUAGCAAGACUCCCGAGCUGUAUCUUGGUUUCUCUACUUGCUAUACCUGUAGAUGUUCCUCUCGUCACGAUAGUCUCUCUUUGGAAAAGUCCAUAUAUGUUGUUCAGAGGUUGGAAGAGGUUAUUCGAGGACUUAAUUGGCAGGGAAGGUCCAUUUUUGGAAACUGUAUGUGUCCCGUUUGCUGGCUUAGCUAUUCUUCUUUGGCCUCUAGCGGUUUUAGGAGCUGUGUUGGCAUCAUUUCUGGCUAGCUUUUUUCUUGGACUUUAUGCCGGAGUCAUCGUUUACCAGGAAGAUUCACUUCGAAUGGGACUUGCCUACAUUGUGGCGGCAAUUUCUUUGUUCGACGAGUACGCGAAUGAUUUACUGUAUCUAACGGAAGGGUCAUGUUUUCCCAGGCCUCAGUACCGUAGAAAAACGAGGCCUCCAGAUGGACUGGAGAAAAUUUUGUCACUCGAUAACAAAAACGAGAGAGAAGCCUCGCACGCUUCAAAGCUAGUUUCACAAGGAUCAAGAACUCUUAAACAAGCCAUUCAGCAAUAUACACCAAUGCAGGUUUGGGAUUGGCUCUUCAAGUCUUGUGAGGUGAAUGGAAAAAUUCUGUUGCGAGAAGGGCUGAUAAACGGUAAAGAUAUUCAGGAGAUUAUGUUAAAAGGAGACUGCAAGAAGCUUGCCGUCAAACUACCCGCUUGGUCCAUUAUGCAGUGUCUCCUAACCUCGGCAAAAUACAAUUCAUCUGGUUUAAUACUUUCCGAACAAGUAGAAUUAACAAGAGUCAACUUACCAAGGGAUAAAAUGCUCGAGUGGUUCAUGGGGCCACUUUUCACUAUGAAGGAGCAAAUAAAGGGACUAGAGUUGGAAGAAGCCGAGGAAGUUUGCCUGAAAAAGUUGGUCAUAGGUGGUAAGAACGAGAGACCAGAAGAUUGGGACGAGGCCUGUUUCCCCUCGACUGACAAAGUCAGAAGAGCACAGCUACAAGCCAUAAUUAGGAGGGUACAAGGAAUUGUGGGGUCCAUGUCCCGAUUGCCCACUUUCAGAAGACGCUUUAGGAAUCUGGUGAAGGUGUUAUACGUGGAAGCAAUCGAGACAGCUCUCCCAGUUAAGCACAUUGCGGGUGCACCGAAAUCGGGAGUUAGAGGGAGGCUCUUCUUUGGGAGAGGGGGUAGAAAAGAUAGAGAUGCAGCAGCUGCUGCAGAGGAUCAACGUGCACCAGAGAGUACCACCGCUGAUGAUGGGGUUAUGGUGUGA